GGGCAGCUGGAGCAGAGCAUUCAGGUGAACAACUGUCUGCGACUGCAGCUUGAACAGCAGUUGGAUGGUGGUGCCAGCAAAGCCAGCCUCAGCCCCUCCUCUGUUAACCAGAAAUUCCCCAACAACACUGACCCUGGAAACAAGCAGCUGCUCUUCCAAGAUUCAGUUGCCUCCCCUCCAGUUCGGGAUGUGGGCAUGAAUUCUCCAGUUCUGGUCCUCCCCAGCUCCUCUUCUGCUGCUUCUGGCUCAGAGACCACAACCUUCAACAGGAAAAAUGAGCUGGGUUUGGAUGCUUCUCCAGUAAUGAAGAACCCUCCCAAGCUGGAGGGUGAUGCUACUGAUGGCUCCUUUGCCAAUAAGCAUGGCCGCCAUGUCAUUGGCCACGUUGAUGACUAUAGUGCCCUAAGACAGCAGAUUGAAGAGGGCAGACUGCUGGUCAAGAAGGUAGCAUCCCUCGUGAGAUCAACCUGCAACUUCCUUGGCCUUGAAGCUCUAGGCACAGAGGUGAUGGGCAGUGAAGCCAUCCAUGAGCUCAGGAGCAGCGCCAACGCCCUGCACCACCGGCUGGAGGAGUCCGCCUCCCUCCUCACCAUGUUCUGGCGAGCAGCCUUGCCAAGCUCCCAUGGCCCUGCGCUGGGUGGCAAAGUGGGAGAGUCCAUGAAAAGGGAGCUUCUGGAACUGAGAACCAAACUAUCCAGACAGGAGAGUCUCCUUCAGAGCACAGCUGAGCAUCUGAAGACCGCCAACCAGCAGAAGGAGAGCUUGGAGCAGUUCAUCUUCAGCCAGUUGACCAGGACACAUGAUGUUUUAAAGAAGGCAAGGACUAAUCUGGAGGUAAGGAAACCAUUGCAACAGUCAGAGCCAUAG